AGCAGGAUUGGGCUCUCUGCCCUCGCCGUCACUGGCACUAAAAGCAGCAGAUAGCAUUGGGCAGACAUUGCCUUGUGCAAUAAAACUGCUGCCUCCCUCACCGGUCUCGGAGUGCUCCUGCUGGGAGCGUUCACUCUCCCUCCACGAGUAUGGCAACUUCUGCGCAAUACAGACAGCUUAUAAACGACUACGGGCCCCCAUCGCUAGGGUACACACAAGGGAUACAGGGUACCAGCAGCAGUCAAGUACCGCAGAGCAAAUAUGCAGAACUUCUAGCUAUCAUCGAAGAAUUAGGAAAAGAGAUCAGACCCACAUAUGCUGGGAGUAAAAGUGCGAUGGAGAGGCUAAAACGAGGCAUUAUUCAUGCUAGAGGAUUAGUUCGGGAAUGCUUGGCUGAGACUGAACGAAAUGCAAGAUCCUAGCCCACGAAUGCAGUUACAAGAUAUUCCAUCUCUUAAUGAAGAAAAAGUAAUGCCUACUCAUUCUGACUCUUGAAACAUUCAGACAAAUUCCUUUAUUUUGAAGGUUUUACCUUUCUUUUUGCCCUAAAAAUGUAUAGUGAAGAAUGACAAAACAAGGAUUUUUCAACUUGCUGAGGGUUGGCAUUUUGUAAAGACACUAAAACUCCCUAAGAUGUUUCUAAACCAUGAAAACUGAACUGCAUGCAGAGGAAUGCUCUCUCCUAGGCUAUAUUUCAGUUCUCUUCCUAUCCAGCCACAAUCCCGUUGUUGGUUUUUUUUUUUAAUCCUUUUUACUGUAUCAACGUAACCCCAAACUGUCAGUCUUUCAAAGUUUGACAUAAGCUGUAAGGACUUUUUUUUUAAUAAAUGCAGAAUAGCAUGCUGUACUUAGUAGUCUGCUAUGCCACAAUUUGCCAUACAGCAUAGACCAUGCUUAGAAAUAAUAACCGUCUCCUCCUCUUACUUUUCCUUUUUUGUUCAUUUUGCAUAAACAUUUGCAUGACUAUUAGUGCUUUGAAGUCCUUUUAAAGUGCAUGAAUUAUAUGGAAAAUAGGGAAGCCUAUUAAAUAAUAACAAGGUUCUGGAAAGCUAAUUUCUAUAUUAAGGCUGGAGAUUUCAGUUUUAAGUUUGCAAAAAAAAAAAAA